AGCAGAGGACACUUGAGAAGUCUGUGUUGAGGCCCCCACCACACAGCCAUCGACAUGGUGAUUGUAACCAACAAACAGGGAAAUCACCAGAAGCAUAACCAAUACUUUAUGCUCAAGAGUAAACUAACUGUAUACCUAUGUUGAUUUGGAGAAAAGUGGUAAAUUUAGGAGUAUAUUUAGUUUUCACUCUUGUGAUACGUGGUGUGUGCCUUUAUUGUUGCCCAGUGGACGUGGUUAAAAGGAUGCAGUGAUGGAGUCAUUGGGAGAGUUUCGCUGUCCGCUGUGUAUGGUAUUCCUCUCCCUCCGACUCCCGGAGAAACAUAAAGCAUUGUUCUGUAUCGGGAGCAGCAUUGGAGAUCCCGUGGUGCUAAGACAAGGGCAGCCAGAGCGCAAGGGGAUCUAUCCAAAACCGGCACGCACCCAUAAUCUUAUAUGAGUAAGUCCGUUGGCUCUUCUGUUGUAGUGUGUGUUUCUGUCUAACAUUGAUUGUUUCUGACAGCUGAGAGAGCAGAGGGGUUUGCCCCUCCGGAACAUGCAGGGGAGGGCCAAUGCCACAGCAUGGAGGGCUGGGAGAGAAGACAACCUACAGGGCAGUGUGUCAGAGAGUCUAGCCUUGAGGAACCUCACUGACGAGGUGCCUACCAACGCUCAAUCCCACCCAUCUAGUCAUGCAAUACAACUUAUAGUCAUCUUGAUAGUCCCUUUAAUAUUAAAGAAUAUUACUUAACAUACAGACAAAUAUCAUGCUUUAAUUUAUCAGUUUCACAAGCUGAGGAUGUUGAUUGAGGAGAGCAUGCCCAACCUGCCUAAAUGACCCACUGAGACAGAGUGUCUGGAGAUCAAGGUUUCAGGGAGGCAGUGGGGCCACAGGGAGAGGCUAAGAAAGCUGGCAGAGCACCAUGACCGCCAGCUGGCAGAGAUACAGGCCCACAACCACUUCCUGGAGCAACAGAGAGUGGGGUCAAAGAGGUUAGGUCUGACUCACACAGCCCUACCCUGCCUGAGGACACGAAGGGACAUGUCAACUUUGACCUCAUAUACUCUGUGGAUGGCCCCCUCUCCUCCCAAAUAAGAGCUCUGAGGCUGGCCUACAUGCAGUCCGGUGGAUCUGUUCCAGCCGUUCUGGCCCAGGUGCAUGCCUGCAGGCUGAGGCCCACACUCUGGAGCAGCAGGCCCAACCUGGGGCUGAAACCAGCUGCAGGAGGAAGAAGAUGAAGCAUCCUCACCGGGCUGGGAACUCAGAGGUCCUCGCUGUGGAGCAGGAGAACCAGAGACUGGAGGAAGAGAUCUUCAGGAUACAAUUGGCCAGGGAGAAACACUGCGGGGAAUACGCAGUGGGGUCUGAGCUCCAUCAGAUCCAGAUAGAACACACCCACCACAUGGCCAGCAUCCAGGCUGAGAUCAAGAGCCUUCACAGGGAGGUAGAGGGGGCAGAGAAGCUCCCAGGAACCAGAGGCUGCUCCCACCCCUUCCACCUCCACCCCUGUUCCCUGCCCUGCCCUGCCAGCCAUGCACCAUCCCCUGGCCCAGAUUCAUGCUCCUCCAGCCCUGACCCAGCCCAGACCCCAUUCCUCUCCCUACGACCCUGCGGCUGGUUUCAUGGUCUUCUAUGACCUGGUGCUGGGGUUAGAUGCCAUGCUGAGGGUUCUGCGUCUAGUGCCUGGUCUCUACUCUGGGGGCCAGGAGGUGGGGCGUCCUACUCCACUGCUCCCUGUGAAGUGCCAGCUUGGAGGGGGUCUGCCUUACUCCCACACUGUGCCCCCCGGGAACUAUGUCCCACUGGCAAUCAAACAGCCUAUGCCCAGGAUGCAGCCGUCUCCCUCCUUGUCUUUGAUGGUUGAGCUCCAGGCUGCUGGGGGUCUGGACGCCUACGUUCAGGAGGUCCAGAGGCUGGUGUCCCAGGGCUGGAGCUCUUCAACCAGCACAACUAGUUCCAGAGCGGGUACUCGAGGGUCCCAGUACGUGCCCUCCUUGUCCGACCCUUCCUUAGCCCAGGCCAGCUGAACUCAGUUCCCAAGGUGAGGGUAGACACCUGUCUGGCUGACUGCCAGUGGUUAGAAUUAAGUUGGAUUGGAAUAUCCAUUCUACGUAAUGAUGGCUUAAAAUUACAAAGAAUAUCAUUACAGGUGAUGACAUAGGCUACAGUUGAAAUCGGAAGUUUACAUACACUUAAGUUGGAGUCAUUAAAACUUGUUUUUCAACCACUCCACAAAUGUCUCCACAAGUUUUGGUUUCCAAUCUCCCUGCAACUCUUCAAGGAAACACACUCCUUACCAUGUCAACAUUACAGCUGUCAGCAGCCAGUUAAUUUCUCUCUCUCCUUCCCUACACUGAUCACAAGGACCCUCCCCCCAUGGAGGAACCAAAUCAGAGGUGAGAAAGAGAGAUGUUGUGGGAUGGAAUCUCUUCCUCACCUCUGAUGAUGAUGACUAUGAUGAUUUAAGCAUUUGGUAAUCAGUAAAGGAAUACUAAUUCAGUCUGGAGAGUUGUGUGUCUUCAUUUGAUCACUUCCAUUGAUUGUUGUAAGUCAAAUCAACUGUUAAUGGUUGCAUACACAUAUUUAGCAGAUGUUAUUGUGGGUGUAGCGAAAUGCUUGUGUUCCUAGCUCCAACAGUGCAGUAAUAUCUAGCAAUUCACAACAAUACACACAAAUCUAAAAGGAAAAGAAUGGAAUUAAGAAAUAUAUAAAGAUUAGGAAGAGCAAUAUCGGAGAGGCAUUGACUAGAAUACAGUAUAAUACAGUACAUACAUAUGAAAUUAGUAAAACCGUAUGUAAACAUUAUUAAAGUGACCAGUGAUUCCAUGUCUAUGUACAUAGUGCAGUAGUUAUGUGGAAGUCUUCUUCAUUUUAUGAAUAAAAACUUGUUUAAAUUG